GGGACUAAUUUUAAGCCUUGUCUUUGAAACCAGGGGAUAUAAUUUAAGUUUUUCAUAUAUUGGGUUCAAACCUGUGACAUCAUUAACAUGGGUAUAUAUUUAAUAUUUAGUUUACACUAGUCUACUGACUUUGGAGAGCUUGUUUUUUUUUCUUGCUUUCUGUAAAUGCUUACUCUUUAGCAUAGUAAACGGGAAAGCUAUGCCACAGGAUGUCAUUUUUCUCAAGCUGUUUUAAAGGUUUGAGAAUAACCACCAGAUGACAACACAUCAUUUCUCUGUUUGCCCUGUGCACUGAGUCUGAGAGGUGAGUGCAUCUAAGUGUAUAUGACGCAGUAUUUGUAGGACUUUUGGCAAAUUAAAGUCUAAAUCUAAUCUUAAGUCUAAAUUGAAAAGUCUACAUUUAAUAGGUUUGUAAGUCUUUUCAACAUUUCAUUUUUUUCAUGAAUUGCUGUAACUUAAUAAAACAAAGUUGGAAUAGCUUAGAUUAGUAUAACUUUAUUUUUAUAAUAAAUAACAACUCAUCACUAAGAAAGUUGAAAUUAAUUGUAAUUACUUAUUGUAAUUGUUUAACUUGAUUAAACUUAAAACAAAGGAAUUUUUACAGCAUAAACUUAAAAAUGAUAAGUUGCCAAGAACUAAAAUCCGCAAUCAUUGCACAAAUCAUUUUUCAGAUGAAAUAUCUUUAAGAAGACUGCUCAGAAUGUAUAGUUUCUAUACAGUAAUGCCUAAAAACAAUAGUGCAACAGAUUUUACUGUUAUUAUGUAUGUGUGGCAUGUACAGGUAUGAUGGGCUGCAGUCACCCGGAUGAGUUGACACAAAAUGAGAGGAGUCAGAUUAUUAGGCAUUUGCAGACUGGGUCUGAAAUGAUGGUGUACCACCAGAAGGCUGAAAGACUCACUGUAAAAAUCAUAAUUGAAACGAAGCAAGUGGCUGUAUUCUGCUCACCUGACAGAAUGAGCACAGCAUUGAACAUCGCUGAGAUCAAAGAGAUCCGCGAAUGGAAGACAUCGGAGGAUCUCCCUCAAUUUAAAGAAAAUAAAAAAUUAAGAAAAAUGUUUAACCAAUCAGUUCCAAGGGACUGCAAAACCUGUUUCACCAUCUUCUAUGGCACAGAGUUUAUCUUAAAUUCACUGAGUUUUAACGCUGAUUCAGUUGAGGAUGCAAAAAACUGGCUGAUAGGACUCGAGUUACUCAGACAGGAGACACUGGCAGCUAACACACCAGAGAUUAUAAAGAGUUGGCUGUGGAAGCAGAUGUACUCUGUUGACCAGAGGAAGAAAACCAGUAUCUCUAUGAGAGAGCUCAAGUCGCUUUUGCCUAAAAUGAACUUUAAAGCACCAGGUGGACGUUUUCUGAAGGACACAUUUUUGGUGUUGGGAGCAAAUAAUGAUGUUUUGGAUUUUGAGCAGUUUCACAAAUUCUACAAUCUGUUGAUAUUUGACAACCAAAAGAUGAUACUAGCAGAGUUUAAACAGGGUUUAAAUGCUUUCAUCAUGGGUAACAUGGAUCAGCCUAUUCAACUCUGCAAUUUUCAAAGAUUUCUUUUAUCUCAACAAAAAGAGACUUGGGCCAACAAUUUGAAUCAGGUGCGAGACUUAAUGAUCAUCUUUAUAGACGAUACCAUGAGAAAGACCAAUAAUCCAACAUUUACUGUUGAAGAGUUCCUCGGCUUUCUCUUCUCUAAAGAAAACUCUAUUUGGGAUGAGAAGUUCUCAGAGAUAAAUCCACUGGACAUGAACAACCCUCUGUCUCACUACUGGAUCAACUCAUCACACAACACAUAUUUGACUGGAGAUCAAUUCCGCAGUGACUCAUCAACAGAAGCGUAUGUACGCUGUCUGAGACUGGGUUGCCGCUGCAUUGAGUUGGACUGCUGGGAUGGUUCAGAACCAGACGAACCUGUCAUAUGCCAUGGUUGGACCAGGACAUCAAAGAUAAAGUUUAAAGAUGUGGUGAAGGCCAUCAACGAUCAUGCUUUUGCAACAUCUGACUAUCCUGUGGUCCUGUCCAUAGAGGAACACUGCAAUGUCCAGAACCAGAAAACGAUGGCCCAGUGGUUCAAGGAUGUUUUCCAAGACAAACUCUUGACUGAUCCAUUGGAACCAGAAGCCGAACAGCUUCCCUCACCAACACAACUAAAGGGCAAGAUCAUCAUCAAGCACAAAAAACUGAAUAAUAAUGAGGAAAAGGAGGAAAAGGAUCUAAGUAAAGGGGAUAAGCAGGGAGAUCUUUUCAUCUGGGACCCAAUAGAUGAGAGAUGGUAUAAGCACUACUGUGUGAUCAAGAAUAAGAUGUUAUAUUACGCAGAGGAGAAUGAACUAGAGGAGGACACAGAUAAGUCAUUGCAGAGCAGCACUGAACUUCAUCAGUCAGAGCCCUGGUUUCACGGCAGGAUGUCCGAGGGCAAACAGACAGCUGAGAGGUUGCUAAAGAAAUAUUGUGCUGAAACAGGGGGAGUCGAUGGAACGUUUCUGGUGCGAGAGAGCAACACGUUUCUCAAUAAUUGCACCCUCUCAUUCUGGCGCAGCGGACGAGUUCAGCAUUUGCGAAUCGGCUCCUGUAUAGACGGAGGUCACCUGGUUUAUUUCCUGACUGAUAACCUACACUUCCCCAGUGUGUAUGCGCUCAUCCAGUAUUACAAAGAAAAUCAUCUCCGCUGUAAGGAUUUCAAUCUGCGUCUCACUGAAUUUGUGCCACAACCAGACCAGCACCUGCAGGAAGGAUGGUUUUACAGUAACUUGAGUCGAGGCGAGGCGGAAGACUUUCUGAUGAGAAUCCCUCGCGAUGGAGCCUUUCUCAUCAGACAGAGAGAAGAUUCAGAUUCAUACGCCAUCACCUUCAGAGGUGAAGGGAUGGUGAAGCACUGUCGGAUACACAGAGAGGACUCUAUGUACGUGUUGGGCACCUCCGGCGAGUUCGAGAGCCUGGUGGAACUGGUGGAGUAUUUUCGUAAGAAGCCACUUUAUCGGAAGAUCAAGUUGCGUUAUCCUGUGACACCUGAACUAGUGGACCGCUUUAGUUCGAUACAAAUAUCUGGUUCACUUUAUGAUUCUAAACAGUACGUGGAGGCCAAUGAGAGAGAGCCAUCGCUGCCACAGAGCACAGUGAAGGCCCUCUAUGACUACAGGGCCAUGCGGCCAGAUGAUCUCAGCUUUAACAAGGGUGCAUUAAUUCAUAAUGUAACCAAGGAAGCCAAUGGAUGGUCGAAAGGAGACUUUGAUGGGAAACUGCAGCAAUAUUUCCCUUCAAGUUAUGUAGAGGAAGUGGCAGAUUCUUCAUCUGAGGCCAGCUACCAGACAGAUGAGGAGAAUCCAUUAGGAGACUUAUGUAAAGGUGUUGUGGACAUCUCAAAGUGUACUGUAGUUCGCUCAGCCAAACAUGGCAAGUCUUUGGUUGUGACGCUGCAGUUUAAGGAAAAUAAUGAUAUGGUGCCAUUUGAUUUCACCACUGAGAUCACCGAGGGGCUGUACGAAUGGUAUCAGGUGGCCUGCGACAUCACCCAGAGAGAACAAAACCAACCAGUUCAGAAACAGCAAAAGGGGAAGGACAAGACCGAAGUAAAGGUGGCCAGCGAGAUGUCUGCAUUGGCCGUUUAUUGCCAGUCUUGCAGCAAAGAUAAACAAUGCUUUGACAAUUAUACCUACAAAGAGGUCCGAUCCUUUGCUGAGGAUAAGACACCUGCCAGAAGCAAGUCAAAUCAAUUCUUGUCAUAUAACCGCAAGGCACUGAGUCGCAUCUACCCUAAGGGCCAACGAAUGGAUUCCUCCAACUAUGACCCAUAUCCUCUAUGGAUGAGGGGCUGCCACAUGGUGGCACUUAACUUUCAAACUGCUGAUAAGUGCACCCAGCUAAACAGCGCCCUCUUCAGUCUGAAUGGAGGUACAGGUUAUGUGCCCCAGCCUGAGCUGAUGCGUGCAGAUCAUUUUGACCCUUAUCAAGAGAAGAAGAAUGUUAAAUUCACCAUAACUCUUAAGGUUAUAGGAGCACGGCAUCUACCCAAACCUGGUCGCAGCAUCGUCUGCCCUUUUGUAGAGAUCGAACUGUGCAGCCAAACAGAUGAGAACAAAUUUAAGACUUUUGUUUGCCAGGAUAAUGGGCUAAACCCUGUAUGGGUCGGGCCGAACCAUCAGUUUUCAGAGGCAGUUACAUUCAACGUGUAUGAACCAGAACUCACAUUUCUACGCUUUGUGGUCUUUGAGGAGGACAUGUUCUCUGACCCCAAUUUUCUGGCCCAGGCUACUUUCCCCAUCAAAGGCGUUCGCCCAGGGUAUCGGUCUGUCCCUUUAAAAAAUGGGUUUAGUGAAAACCUGGAGCUUGCAUCUCUCCUGGUGCAUGUUGAUAUAAAACAGGUGAAGGUAUAGUAAACAAAACAACAACAGCAAGUUCUAUAUGCAUAAGCAAACUAAAAGUGCUGAAAGUCCGGUUUUCUUCCUUACUGGUUCUUUUGUUCUUAAAUGGUUGUUCCUCUCGGUUCUGCUGCUUUAUUACUGCUGGUUUCCUAACAGGCCUUAACGACGGGAUGUUGCAGCCAUCUUACUUGUGUGCUCAUGAAGGAAUAAAUCGGACGGAGAUUUUGAGCAAUACUCUAUAUUCACUGUUGAAGGUGUAACGGUCAGCUUGAUGUGUCGUUAAGGAUAGUUCACCCAAAAAUGAAACUAAUCUUUACUCAGUUGCAUUUGGACAUGACAUGAAACUAAGUAAAGGACAUAAGUUUCAUUUUGAGUGAACUGUCCCUUUUAACUGAGUGACAACAGAUGAAGGAUUUUCGGUUCAACUGUGAAACAAAUAAUCAUCUGUCUGAAUCAUUUUGUAUUGGUUUUUAUUCAUAUAUUUGCCUCUGUAUUAAACUCUUCUUUAUUGUCCUUAAAGUUUAAAGGUGCAUUGUGUAACUUUUAGAAAGAUCUCUUGACAGAAAUACAAUAUAAUACAUAACUAUAUUAUCAGUGGUAAAUAAAGACCUUACAAAAUGAA